AUGACUGGACACAAAGUUUUACUGAUUGGUGCUGGCGGUGUCGGUACCAUUGUCGCAUAUGGUAUUCAUUUGGCAGGAAAAUCUGAAUUGUCAAUCGUGGUUAGAAGAGACUUUGCGAAGGUCAGCGAUUUCGGAUAUAACAUUGAUUCGAUUGAUUAUGGAAUCGUUGAGGGAUGGAAGCCAGAGAAUAUUUAUCCCUCCAUUGAGGCGGCCGCUUCCUCUGACACUGUCUACCAAUAUGUCAUUAUCACCACCAAGAACCUGCCCGAUAUCGCGAAGGUCGAGGAGUUGGCUGAGCCAGUGAUUACCCCGGGCGUCACGGUCGUGGUGUUAAUCCAGAACGGUUUCGAUUUGUGCCGUCCUUUCUUUGACAAGUAUCCAAAAAACGUUGUUAUUUCAGGCAUAACUUACGUCGGAUCUCAUAACUCCGGAGGUAGCGUUCAUCAAACACAACCAGAUAGGUCCUUUUUUGGCUCCGGAAGAAAUCCUUAUAUUCCGGAAGACUUGCAAGAGUCCAAGGUCAAAGAGUUUCUGAGUAUUUACUCUAACGGCAAAAAUAAGCCGGUCUACAUCACCAACGAAAGAGAAUACAGGUAUAAGAAGCUCAUUUACAAUGCGGCAAUGAACACCUCAUGCGCACUAUCAGGCGUCGACACUGGUAGGCUGGAACUCGCAGGCACUUUAGAUGCUGUUGCAAUCCCAGCGAUGCGCGAGAUUCUUGCUAUCGCAAAGGCAGACGGAAUUGAGCUUCCAACCGACUCUAUUAAUAAUGCUAUCCACGGUGAUGACGGUGACUGGUUCGAACCAUCUAUGUUGGUGGAUGUCAGAAAAGGUAAUCCAAUAGAAUUGGAAGUUAUUUUAGGUAAUGUACUGCGCGUAGCGGAAGAGUUGAACGUGAAGACGCCUUACUUGAGUAUUCUUUAUGGGCUUUUGAAAGCUGUCCAGUUCAGGCUGAGAGAAAAGCAAGGCCACUUCUCCCUUCCCACAAAGCGCCCAAUUUCAGACAGAUUUUACAAAUGA